AUGAGUGAACCCACAGUCAAUCCACCAAGAAAUAUUAUAGCUUCUUGGACUCAACAACUUCAGAAUGUAAUAAACCAAGCUCAAGGUGGUCAGCGUCCUGUCUUCACUACUUCAGGAAUCUCUGCUGGCUUUCAGCAGGGUCAAGAAAAUAUACAAAUGGUAAAUGUACUUGUGGAAACAGGAAAAAUAUACUUUAAAGAUGAAGCAAAGAUACUAGGGGGCAUUCAGAUCAUGAUCGGACUGUUGCACUUUGGCUUUGGAAUUAUUUUGGCUUUACUGACCAAUCCUGCAUCCAAUUCGACUUUUACUUCCUUGUCAUUUAUUAGCGGAUAUGUAUUCUGGGGUGGCAUCUCUUUCGUUAUUUCUGGCUCACUCUCCAUAUUGGCUUACAAGACGUUUUCAUCUUGUUUGAUGAACAGCAACGUGGGAAUGAAUAUUGUUAGUGCUAUCUUUACUUUCAUUGGAAUAAUUCUGUUGCUGGUGGAUAUGUGCAUCAAUGGGAUAACAAAAGAAAACUAUUCGUCAGUGAUUUCUGGGAUAGGAAUUUCAGCCAUGUUGAUGAUCUUUGCCCUCGUGGAGAUUUCCAUAAAUUGUGCUUCAGCUUUUUUUGCCUUUCAAGCAAUCCCCUAUACCAUCCCGUCUGUUAUAGUUGUUCCAACUGUGUAUGGAAACUCCACAACAUCAGCCCCUUCCUCAGUGCCUCUCAGAAAUGAUGAUCAACCAGUUCAUGCCCCUGGGCGGAGGCCGGGUAAGGUGGGAAUGGGGCUUCUGAGACUGGCCAGGGGCGCCGCGCAGGAGGCGGCUACUGUGGUUGCAGCUGGAGCAGUGAUGGUGCAAGAGCUGGCACAGAUGUAA